UUGCCGUGGCGCCUCCCUUCCGGUCCUUGCGCGGCGGCGGCGUUACCACGCGGGGCGGUCAUGGCGGACGGGGACGGUUCCAGCGUAAAGAAGCGGCGGAAGAAGGAGAAGCGUGCGUUGCUCGAUGAGGAUGUAGCGGACAUUCAGCACACCGAGGAAUUUUUUAUCAAGCCCGAGUCCCGGAUCCCCCAGCUGGAUACGUCUCAAUGGCCUUUGCUGCUGAAGAACUUCGACAAGUUAAAUGUGCUGACAGCACACUACACACCUCUUCCUUCUGGUGCUAAUCCCCUGAAGAGGGAGAUUUCUGACUAUGUUAGGUCUGGCUUUAUUAACCUCGACAAACCUUCCAAUCCGUCUUCCCACGAGGUGGUUGCUUGGAUCCGACGUAUCCUCCGAGUCGAGAAGACUGGGCACAGUGGCACUCUGGAUCCUAAGGUGACUGGGUGCCUCAUUGUGUGCAUCGAGAGGGCAACGCGGCUGGUCAAGUCUCAGCAGAGUGCAGGCAAAGAGUAUGUGGGAAUUGUUCGGCUGCACAAUGCAAUUGAAAGUGAGGCUCAGCUUGCCAGGGCAAUAGAAACUCUGACAGGCGCCCUGUUUCAGCGACCACCUCUCAUUGCUGCUGUCAAACGACAACUGAGAGUCAGAACCAUCUAUGAGAGCAAGCUGGUGGAAUAUGAUCCUGAAAGAAGAUUAGGUAUAUUCUGGGUGAGCUGUGAAGCUGGCACAUACAUCAGAACACUCUGUGUUCACCUCGGUUUGCUGCUGGGUGUGGGCGGACAGAUGCAGGAGCUCCGCAGAGUGCGCUCGGGCGUCCUGGGAGAGAUGGACAACAUGGUGACCAUGCACGAUGUACUGGAUGCACAGUGGCAGUAUGACAACCACAAGGAUGACAGCUACCUGCGAAGAGUCAUCCUGCCCUUGGAGAAGCUGCUGACCUCACACAAGCGCCUGGUCAUGAAGGACAGCGCGGUUAAUGCUAUUUGCUAUGGAGCUAAGAUCAUGCUGCCUGGUGUCCUGAGGUAUGAAGAUGGUAUUGAGCUUAACCAGGAGAUUGUUGUUAUCACCACAAAAGGAGAAGCUAUCUGCCUAGCUGUUGCCUUGAUGACCACAGCAGUCAUUUCUACCUGUGACCAUGGCGUUGUGGCCAAGAUCAAGAGAGUGAUCAUGGAGAGAGACACCUAUCCACGCAAGUGGGGUCUUGGUCCCAAGGCCAGUCAGAAGAAGAUGAUGAUCCAGAAGGGUUUAUUGGACAAGCAUGGAAAGCCCAAUGAGAACACACCAGGUUCCUGGAAGGAGGAGUAUGUGGAUUACAGGGAUACUUCCAAGAGAGAGGCAGCUGCCAUUCCUCGAGCUGUUUCAGAGCCAGAGAGGACUCCAAAAAGGAAGCGAGAGCCGGAGAGUGAGAGUGAGGAGGCUGUGACCCCACCUUCCCCUGCUACCCCUCCACCAGAGGAGCUGAGCAAAAAGGAAAAGAAAAAAAAGAAGAAAGAGAAGAAGGCCAAAGAGGCAGCUGAGAGUGGGGGAGAGCAAACAGAAGUGACCUAUGAGACCAGCACCAAGAAAAAGAAGAAGAAGAAGAAACAAAAGGAAGCAGAAGAGAGCUCAGAGUAAGCGACUGGACCUGUCCACAGCAGAUGACCUCACUGGCCAAGAGGAAGGAGUCCGAGGCCUUGGGAAGAAGAGGACUGACUGCACGGCAGAGGGGCCAGCAACUUCCAAGUCCCUGUUCUGCUGUGUAUAGGAGUGAGCAGGAGUGCUUGCCCACGAUGGCACUUGCUCAGAUCCCCCUCCUCAUCCUGUUUUAAGGGUUGCCAGAGGAGCGGGGUGCCCAGCUGCCCCUGCAUUGUGUUGCUCUCUGAAGCUGAAUGAUCCAGUGCCAGUAGUAGUGGCAUCUUCAGGGAAGCUGUAGCUCCUGGCUCUUACUUGGUGUCUCCGUUUUCACUCUGAGAGGGAGGAAUAUUUUUCCCCUCCUUCUUGUCCUGCCUCUUUCUUCCUUUUCUUCCAGGAUUGGGAUUACUACCUGACAGCUGCAGAAUGUGUUGGUGGCUGAAGGACUAGCAUUGUCAUGGAUUUUGAUGAGGACAGUCAUAUGAAUUAUUGGAAGGGCCCUGCUUUGUUUUUAACCUGGCCAUAUGUUGGCCUGAUGCUCAGCUAGAGAAGAUGAAAUAGUCCACCCCAGAUGCUCCUCACUACUUCUCUUUCAUAAAUUAAUUAGAACAUUAAAUUCCUUUCCCUUUAUAAUGUGGGAACUUACUUGAUAGUUGUCAGAAGCUGGCCAGUAGGCUUUUCCAAAGGGCUGUUGAGACAGAGUCCUGAGGAAGAAUUUAGCCAGAGGCAGCUCUGAGGGGCACUGGGUGUGGGCUUAACGGUUUCAGAAGGCCUUGUCCCAAUUUCCUUGUCUGAGGUGGCUUGCUGAGGGAGGGUGGUCUCUUCUGUCACAGCUAAGCCAGGAUUUUAACCCCUUUUUAAGAGAGGAUCCAGGCUGGUUUUUCCUUUGCUUCAUCCCUGCAGACAUUGUCUUGGCCUUGUGUUUAUCUCAACCAUCUGACUUUUCUCCUCUUGAGUGCUAGAGAUGCAUGCAGGCAGUAGGGCCAGCAGCUGGUGACUGUUAGAACCUGACCAGGGAAAAAAAAAAGUCCAAUUUUUAUUAUUUUUGACAUAAAAAUAAAAGCCUUAUUUUUAAA